AAAAAAAUCAUAAGAAUCCGUGAAAAUUAAUUGAAUAAUUAUUAAAAAUAUUUAUUUUGAAAAUAGGAUUUCGACUUGAAGGGAUUUUAAUCGAAUUGUACAUGAAAUUUGACGACGAAAAUUGAAUUGCAAAAAUUGGCAAAGAGAGAAUGAAAUUAAUAGAGAAUAAAUGUAAUCAGCAAUUUUUAUUUGAACAAAAGAAAAGGAAAAACAAAACUAGAUAAAACGAAUAAAUGUUAAAAGUAGCGAAUUAAAAAGAAAUUGUUCAAUUGGUAACCCCGUUUAUAGCCCCGUUUAAGCAAAAAUAAAAAAAAAAAAUAAAAGCAACAAAAGAGCAAUUACCUAAGGCCGUAUACGGGAAAUAGCAGGCACAGACAAGAGAGUCGCUAAAGACAAUAAAACGAAUGCAAAAAAAUUAAAAAAAAAAAAAAAAAAAAAAGAAUUCAACUGUUUUCGCUUGUUCACCUUCAGUUCGUUUUUGUUUUCGGUGCAAAAAAAAAAAAUAAAAAUUAAGAAAAAAAAAACGUUAAAUAAAAAUAUUUCUUUUGUUUAAACAAUUGUGUUAUGAGAAGCUCUUGUGUUCGGUUUAUUUAAAUUAUUGCAGUUCAAAGAAGUAGUGAUUGUGCUUGUUGUUCGGUUUUUAUUAUAAGCAAUAAACAUUUUUUUUUUUUUUUUUUUUUGCAACACCGAGAACCAUCCUACGAUUUUGUUGUGAUUAAGUAACAUCUGCGUUUUCCCUUGCAAUUUUUAUCUCCCUUAUCGGAGAGAUUUAGGUGUAUGUGGCUUUUGUAAAUGACGUCAGCGCAAACGCAACAUUUCUUUUAUAAUCGACGUUUAGUUUAGUUUUUUGUCAUUGCUGCAACAUCAUCUCAAUAUAUUUGGCUUUCAUUUCUUCAGCUUGAAAUUCCCUUUCUUCGGGAAAAAAUCAAUUUCCGGUUAAAUGGAACCUUCGGAUGGAUCACCGCCGCCAUCACUUUGUAUGAUACGUGCAGCUGAGCUAUUUCCAAAAGCACAAAUGGAGAAAGAAGAUAUGCAGCUCGCUGUGCCAUUUCAAGAACUUGCUGGUGAAUCAGUAAAGUAUUUGGGUCGUACUGACGAUGGUGUUCUAGCUCUGUCGAAUUAUCGUAUCUUCUUACAAAAGAAUUCAGCUAAAGUUGAGACCUCCAUACCGUUGGGUCUCAUUGAGUCAUUGCAAGCCCGGGAUCUCUUUCAUUUGAUUAUUUGUUGCAAAGAUGCCAGCACUAUAAAGUGCUCGUUCGAAACAGCUGAACAAUGCACCGAAUGGCAAAGACGUAUCCAAUUAUCUGUAGGCGUACCUGAAACACUGGAGUCAAUAUUCGCAUUUCCGUUCUGCUCAUGGACAUGUGAUUCCUUGAAUGGUGUAGGUAUAAACACAAAUCAAUUUGUUAGCGGUGGCGGUAUUGGUGGAGGUGUGAUUAACGGCGAAAACGGUCAGUUAUCUAUAUAUCAAAUGGCUGAUUGGACGGAACGUUUGCAGCGCACUCCGUCACGCUAUGAAGAUGAUUUCGUCAGGGAAGUCGAACGUCUCGGCUUCGAUUUAAAUGGUCCAUGGCGCAUAUCCCAUGCCAAUGAGGAUUUUAAAUUGUGUCCUUCAUAUCCACCAAAGCUACUAGUGCCCUGUUGCAUACCCGAUGAAACACUGCAUAGUGUAGCGAAUUUCAGGGGUUCACGUCGUCUGCCAGCUGUUGUAUGGCGUCAUCAUAAAUCAGGAGCGGUUAUAGCUAGAUGCAGUCAACCUGAAGUUGGUUGGCUGGGUUGGCGUUGUAAUAAAGAUGAGCAAUUGCUCAAGGCUUUGGCUGAAGCUUGUGCUUUCGAUAGAGCUGAGCAAUUGCGUUGCUUGGCUCAAGCUACUAACACUAAUAAUUCAGUGACAACAGCCAACAUAACGCCACAACCCACUCAAACACAAAUACCCUCCGGUGAAAGUUCACCGUCCAGUCUAGAGAGCAGCCAUGAAGAGGUGGCCUUAGAUGAAGUCAAAAAAAUUCUUAUAGUUGAUGCUCGAAGUUAUACUUCCGCCGUUACAAAUCGUGCUCGUGGUGGUGGCUGUGAAUGCAUUGAAUAUUAUCCUUCGGCGGAGAUAGAAUUUAUGAAUCUGGGCAAUAUACAUGUAAUACGUAAAUCUUUUCACGCUUUACGUCAGCUCUGUGCAUCACCACCCGAUGUUCCCAAUUGGUUAGGUCUCUUGGAGAAAACGAUGUGGUUUCAACAUUUAUCUGGAUUAUUGGCAGCCUCAAUGACCGUAUGUCAUGCGAUAGAAAAUAAAGGACGCCCUGUUUUGGUGCACUGCUCUGAUGGUUGGGAUCGUACACCACAAAUUGUGGCUACAGCUCAACUAUGCUUGGAUCCUUUCUAUCGUACCGUUGAUGGCUUUCGAAUUCUAGUGGAACGAGAAUGGUUAAGUUAUGGUCACAAAUUUGCAGACCGUUGUGGUCAUGGCCCAGGUUCAGACGAAGUUAACGAACGUUGCCCAGUAUUUUUACAAUGGCUAGAUUUAAUACACCAAAUACACAAACAGUUUCCCUGCAGCUUUGAAUUUAGCAUGGGAUUUUUGAUAAAACUAGCUCAACAUUCGCAUUCUGGCCUUUUUGGCACGUUUUUGUGCAACACUCUGAAAGAACGCAUCGAAAAUUCUGUAUUUGAGCGUACGUUCUCAGUGUGGCCAUUUUUGUCAGGCCCGCUCUACCGAAAUCCUCUAUAUAUAUCCAAUAAAAAUAAAGUCCUAUGGCCCGCAUAUAAUGUACGCGAUUUAUCACUUUGGACUGAAGUCUAUUUGGGCAGCUUGGGCGGCAAUCAAAAUUCAAUAGAUUUCCCAUCCUACGCCAAUGAUAGCAGCUUACAAGGUUCAAUUAGUUCUAUGUCAAAAACUAGAUCCUAUGGUGAUUUAAUAAGUGCCGGCAUCAUACAAAACGGUAUAUCAAGACGUUCCAGUGACCCCAAUAUGACUGUUGAUCCAAAUCUUACCAUUGGUUCUAAUUCAGAGAAUAAUUCCAUUGCCGAUUUGCAAUCUGACGAACGUGAUAAUGAAUCACCCGAUAUAUUGGCGAAUCUAAUGCAUACGACAAGACAACUUGAAAAUUUAACCAUCGAACUUAAUCUGAACGAUGACGAUUUUCGAUUGCAAAAUAAUAGCAAUUCAGUAGCGUUGAUUAGCACAAACGAAUUGGAAGCAAAUCAUUUAAAUUGUGAAGCGAACGAACAAAAUAACGGCUGUGAAGAAAUCAAAAUAAAUCAAUUGCAUUCAGUGAAUCCAACAGCAUUUCAAAUGGAUGAAAUACAAAUGAAGAACUCACAAUAUGGUUUCAAUGUCAACACCCAAGAAGAAGAAGAAGAAGUAUUGAAUUCCUCCACAAUAUUAAAUUAUUCGAGAAAUAUUGAUGCAAACAUGAAGAAAACUGAAGACUUAUCUUUGGAUUUAUUGAAAAGCGUAAAUUUGGAAGAAUUAACUUGUAACGAUUUGAAAGCAAAUUGUAAUGGAUCAAAAGUUGCCAGUCUAACAGAUGAAUUGCAAACUAUGUGGCACGGUUCUGUGAAUACAAGCACGGACACUUUGGUGCCGUUAGCGGAAUGCAAAAUGCAAACUAGUAGCUUUUCGUUGGAGUCUCACGAUAUAAUUGAUGGCUUUUCACCAGUAAAUACCUCAAAAAAUACUCAAGAGCCUACGCAGACCGACGCAGAUAAACGCAAUGCAAAUCUUAGUUUAAGUGUCACCAGCACAAAUUCUAAUAUAUUGCCAAAAGUUCAUACCGCCAGCUUAUCGAAACCUCAUCGUUUAGCCGCCGCCAUUGAUACAAAUAAUUCUUCUGCCUCCUGUAGUACUACCUGUUCAAUAUCGACAUCAACAGCAUUAACCCUAAAUAGUUCAAUUGAAAGUCAUAAUCAUCAUAAUGAUGACAAUAAAAUUAUUGAUCGAAUUAUUAGCGAUCUUCCUGCUACUACUACUACUACUACUACUUUAUGUAAUGAUAUGGAUGAAAGUAUUUUGAUAUUACCUGAACAUGAAAAACUUGAAAUCUCCGUUAGUGGCAAAUGCGAAACAAUUGUUUCAACGAAUUCAAAUUCAAGUGCGAAUAUGACCGUUAGUUCGGUUUUAACAGCACCAACUACUUCAGCUCUAUCAAUGCCUUAUGUUACUUCGUUAGUCGGUGCUACAACCGCUCAAAGACGGAGACGUACCUCAUCAUCAAAUUCAAAGCGUGACGGAAUAAUUCCCAAACAUGUUAAUAACAGUUACAUUUCCCGUUUUUCAUUACCUGGUGGCGGUGUACGUUCACUACCAAUGACACCUCCCGGACUGACUGAUCGACCAUCUAUAGCAAUUUCCUGCCCAGACGGUUUAGCUCACGCGUUGAGCGAAGAAAAUAUAAGACUACAACAAAUUGUCCAUGAACAUAAGCUACGGGAAGAUGUUUUAUUAAGAGAAAUUCACGAUAUGCGUAUGGCUCUGCUAAAGAAAAUUUGUCCAAAUUGCAAUAACGCAGCAGCAACCACGAACGUAACCGCCACAAAUGACGAACAGUUUCAACAUGAUCGACGCGACUAUAAAAUCCAAUCCAAGUAUGAUCAUCGUGCUAUUGAGUUAUGCAGUCCAACUGGAUCUCAUCUUGCAUAUUUACGCGAAAAGCGAAAAUCGCUUCCAAUUUAUAAUGGCAACCGCUCGUAUACAUGUGACUUUUAUCUGGACUCUGAGGAUAAAAUAUUUAAUUCAAAUAUUAACAUCACCAAUGAUGAGAACGUUUUCAUUUGCAAUUCAAUGUUAGCUGUGUGCUCCGCUCUGGAUAACGUAGAAAAUGCAUCGAUUAGCUCAUGGGAAGCGGUCGAAGAUCGCAGCGGUCCGUCAUCAUGCACUACCAGUUCCUCAAUACAACCAAACGCCGUCAGUGUACUUUGGGUGCCCGAUCAUGCGGUUUCUCGCUGCACAAGUUGUCAAACCGAAUUUUGGCUAGGUCGACGAAAACAUCAUUGCCGUUCCUGUGGCCAAAUUUUUUGUGCUGAUUGUUCCGAAUUUUGGGCUCCUUUACCCGGCGAAAAUCUGUUAAGUCCCGUAAGAUUAUGCGGGCCUUGCUAUCAUUCAGUAACUACACGGAUGCAGCAGAAAAAUGAACAACCGCAACAACAAAAUCGCCAAUUAAUGACUCCCCUAGGUGGUGGUGGUGGCAAUGUGCAACGUCAAUAUAUUACUACAACAACAACAACAACCACAACAACAACAACAGCAGCAGCAGCAGUAAUAGCAGCAACAGCAGCAACAACAACAACGGCGGUAGCAGCAGCAACAAUAACAACAUCAUCAACAAUAUCAUCGUUGACAGCUGUAACUUUGGUCCAAACAUUAAACCAACCCGGCAUUAUUAGUCACACUCAUAAUUCUCUUGGUCUACAGCAACAUCAACAACAAAAUCAAUGCGCUGCCGCUUCUAUGAAAGUCAGUAAUGCAACUUCAACUAGCGCAGCUGCCACAACAGCAACCAACUGAAAAUAUUGUUGUUGUUGCGUGUGUGAUUCGAUGAAAUUUUUCCAUUUUUCUUUUUUCUAAUUUUAUAUUCGAAAAAAACAAAAACAAAACAAAAAAAAAAAAAACCAAACAAAAAGGAAACAAAAACAUGAAUCAUUUCCGAACAAUUGUCUAAUUUUCUCUGAAGAAUUUUAAACGAAGCAAAAACGAUUACUUGCUUUCAAUUCAAAUUCCAAUGUUGUUAUUGUUAAAUGUCUAUUGAGUGUGUAUUCUUUACAUGUAUGUAUGAGCUGAUCUAAUUUUCCAUGUGUAAACGUAACUCUUUUUUUUUUUUAAUUUUUUUUUAAUUUUGCUUAAAAUUAAUUUUCUUCCGCUUUUACUUUUUUAUCUUCAAUUUUAUUUUAUUUUAUUUUACUUUAUUUUAUUUUUUUUUAUUAUUAUUUCUCAUAACUCGUUCAAUUUGUACUCAUAGUUCUAUUUAUAUCCACUACAGAGGUUAUAUUAAGUUUGCAAAUAAACAGAAAGAACUAA